CCCGACUACACAUCCACCCACAAUGACAUCCCAGGCAUAGCCGGUCAUGGCGCAUGUGAUGCUUCAACACCAUGGCAGAAGCAUCUUCCCAGUCGCAGCUGUCCGGGCGGCGUCCCCCGCAACACGGCCCCUACAUCCUCCGCAAGCUCGUCGCCAACCUGCCACUGGCCGCUGAUGGCGCCUCCGACAAUGUCCGCAUCACCUGCGUAGAGGUGUCGGAUGGCAAUCUCUACGUCGGUACUUCGGCCGCCGAGAUCCUUCACUUUGUUCUGCUGCCACCCGAGUCCGACGACCCUGCUGAAGAACCCACGGCCAUCAUCGCCUCAAGAUUGGAGCCUCCGCACAACGAUCCCAAUGGACCCGGUGUACAGCAGAUCUUGCUCCUUCCCAGCAUCAACAAAGCCUGCGUGCUUUGCAACAAUACCUUAUCGCUAUACUCGCUCCCUGAAUUGAGCCCAGACUCAACCUUCAAGCCCAUCGGAUGCCUCUGGGUCGGAGGUGUGGACCUCAACCAAGAUCUAGAUGCACCGUCUGAAGAUGGCGUCGUGGUGGUCAUUGGAUUGAAGAAGCGACUGCGACUGGUGCAGAUAUCCGAGAACUCACCCCCAAAAGCCAUCAAAGCAAUCGAGUAUGGAGGCUGCUUGGUAUCAGUACGCCGCGAUACCUUUUCGUGUGCCGCCGAUGCCCACUCCUAUGCGCUUCUUGAUGUGGUGCACCAACAGAAGAUUGGCCUCUUUCCCAUCUCAUCUUUGGAUCCAGAUGUUGGUGACGUAGGUGGGGCCGCCGAACAUCUGGCUACCGUGCCGAAUGCGCCAUCUAGAAGUAUCUCUUCAGCUAGUCCACAGCCGCGUCUGGAAGAGCAACAUAGUCAUGUAAGAAGUACAAGUUUGAGCGUUCUAGGCUUGAGCGGUCACACCUCCCGCACCGCAAGCCCGCGUCCUGCAGCACAACGAUAUGGCUUUGAUGUACCAGAGUCGUUGUCUCGUGAUAUGUCGCCAGCCCCAGCACGGUCAUCCUUAGAGGGAACAGACAGAGCAUCUAGUCAAUCUCGGGUCGGCGCAACUUCGCCCAACAAACCUCUGCCUGCACCUCCUUCGGAAGAUAACCAGCCUCAAGAGGAGCCUUCACUACCUGAACCGCCUCGUUUCAUCCCGCUGAAACCUCAUGUCGCAUCACCAAAUCCAAAUGAGUUCCUGCUUACAGUGGGUACUACGCCCACUGAUCAGGGUGUUGGUAUGUUUGUAAAUCUUGAUGGUGACAUGUGUCGCGGAAGCAUUCAGUUCAGCAGUUAUCCCGACGCCAUUGCGGUAGACGGGUCCGGGGUAGACAUGUCCGGAUCUAUGGGCACAAACAUGAACGCUGAGGAGGGCUACGUGUUAGCUGUUGUGCAUAGAGAACAUGAGGGUACCCUGACCUAUGGCGUGGAGAUUCAACGGUGGGAUGUGGACCCAAGUGAUGGGGAAGUUGAUAAACACUGGCUCAACUUCAGUCCGCUGGGUCUCACAGUGGAUGACAACGGCUCCUAUAUCUCAGCUCCAGUCGGUAUGCGUACUGUGGUUCGGCCUUAUGACUUGGUCAUCCCAGAAGUAGGCGCAAAACUGACCGUGCAGCCACUGCGGCUUGAAUACUCUGAGACUGCUUCAGGAAAAUCUGCAGAAAAGCCAAAAGCUCAAACAAAAGCAGAUCGGGAUUUCGUUGAGCGCCUCUCAAAGUUGCAGUCGCAAACUGUUGUUUGGGCUGGAGAUCAGAUUUGGUGGACCGUACGCAAUCCACUGGUGACUCGUCUAGAUGCUCGAAUUGAGGAGGCUCAAUAUGCCACUCAAGGAGAUAGGACGCGUAUACAGCCGAAUCGAGCAUUACUGGAGAAACUACUUGGUGAUAUACGGGGGCAGGAGCCACGCAACGAGUCAGAGUAUCUCAGUCUCAUUUACAUCCGCCAAAAAGCCUCACUCAUGCUCUUUAUGGACGUGGUUCUCCGCACCAAGACGAACAUCAUCAUAUUCGAGAAUGAGAAGCGCAUCACCGAGCAAGCACUGAUUGAGGGUGAGAUAGAUCCCCGGGUUGUCCUGAGUCUCAUGCCCAUUCUCAGUAAGGAGGUAGUCCAAGGAUCCGAUGGCAUACAGAUAUAUGGCGGAAUCACGACCAUGGUAGAGCAGUUUCUGCGUCAAAUUGACUUUUCCGCCAUGUCGACUAACGCCAAUGGGCCGUUUGGGGACAACUUGCUACAUUUCGUCAAGCGCUAUCUUCAAUUUUGGAAGAGGCGGAAAGGAAUGGCAAGCGUAACAAAUGACCCUCAUGUGUUCAAGACUAUUGAUGCAGCACUGCUUCACAUCCUUCUGCUCUUGGACCAGGGAACUUCAAAGGGGACAUCAAGCCCAGGCAGCCACCGAGCAGAGCUUUACGAACUUGUCGAUAGAGAAGUCGAAUGCUUUGACAGAGCUGUCGAAUUACUCGAACAAUUCAAGCGUCUCUACGUACUUAGUCGGUUAUACCAAGGUAAUUGCAAAGCUUCUGUCAAGUCAUCCAAGGUGCUUGCAACCUGGAGGCGGAUCAUUGAAGGCGAAGAAGACAGGGGCGGCGAGCUUGUAGAUGGCGAGCUCAAAGUGCGAGAAUACUUAAGCAAGAUUCGCGACCAAACCCUAGUCGAAGAGUACGGCGCAUGGCUCGCAAAUCGAAACCCUAAGCUCGGCGUCCAAGUCUUUGCUGAUGACCAGAGCAGGGUCAGAUUUGAUCCUGCACGAGCUGUUAAUUUACUAAGAGAGAAGGCGCCGGGUGCCGUCAAAGAGUACCUGGAGUACCUUGUGUUCGGAAGCAGGAAGCAUCCACAAUACGUGAACGAACUGAUUGCCUUCUAUCUUGAUACGGUCAUCAGCGAGCUCGAGAAGAAUCCCGAGUCGCGUGCUACGUUGUCCGAAGGCUACGAGACAUACCGCAUACUCGAGCCACCCAAACCUACGUACUACUUGUUCAUAAGUGACAAUGCUAGUGAUGUCGAGUGGUGCCGUGCCAGGCUCCGCCUGCUUCAAUUGCUUGGCGAGACAUCGUCUUACGACGUCAAUGCAGUGCUGUCGCGUCUACAGCCCUAUGAGCAAGAGCUUGUCUCUGAGAUGAUCAUUUUGAAUGGCCGACAGGAAAGACACGAAGAAGCUUUGAAACUACUCACACACGGCCUCGGCGACUAUGAUACCGCCAUAAACUACUGUCUCUACGGCUAUGCAUCCAUCCAUCGCCCUGUAACAACUGGUGGCCCCCCAGUUUCGCUCAAUCAGAUUCCCACUCGUGCAGAGCAAUCCCGUUUGUUCGGAGUCCUCUUGCAAGAGUUCUUGAAUAUUGAAGAUCUCUCUCAGCGUGUCGAACGUACGAGUGAACUUCUUGAGCGUUUCGGCGGCUGGCUUGAUGUAGCUGAUGUUUUGGCGAUUGUGCCAGACGAAUGGUCCGUGAAUGCGUUCUCUGGGUUCUUAAUUCAUGCUCUUCGUAAGUUGGUUAGAGACAAAGCAGAGAGCGAUAUUUUGCGGGCGCUCAGCGAUGCUCAAAAUAGCCAGAUGAGCAGUGAACUGGUGGAAAAGCGAGAUGAGCUGGGUGCGACAUUCGAGAGAGUUGCCUAGGCCUGGAACGUAUGGAUUGGGAUAUAUUUAGCGAAUCUUAAUAUAAGGAAUACUCUGUAAAUAAGCCCUUAAAUUGAUCUGUAUUGGAAAUUGGU